UGGGUGUUCAGGGGCCAAGAUGGCGGCGCGCCGGGGACGGAAAGACCGAGUCGCGCCGCUCCCGUCUGGGGGCCCCGGUCCUGACCCCGGCGGAGGAGUCCGAGGUGGCGGUUGGGCGAGUCGGAGCCAGGCGCCGUAUGGAACCGUAGGCGCCGUGAGCGGCGGGGAGCAGGUGCUGCUGCAUGAGGAGGUGGAUGACUCCAGCUUUGUCAGUCUGUCUCGGCUGGGCUCAUCCCUGAGGGACAAAGACUUAGGGAUGGAGGAACUAAUACUGCAGGAUGAGACACUACUGGGGACCAUGCAGAGCUACAUGGAUGCUUCCCUCAUCUCCCUCAUUGAGGAUUUUGGGAGCCUUGGAGAGAGCAGGUUAUCUCUGGAGGACCAGAAUGAGAUGUCGCUGCUCACGGCUCUGACGGAGAUCUUGGACAAUGCAGAUUCAGAGAACCUGUCUCCAUUUGAUAGUAUUCCUGACUCAGAGCUGCUUGUGUCACCUCGGGAGAGCUCCUCUCUGCACAAGCUACUCAGUCUUUCUCGGACACCCCCUGAACGUGACCUCAUCACCCCAAUUGACUCAUUGGGACCCAGUACAGGCAGUAGUAGAGUUGAGGUGUCUCUUGCAGAUCCCUCUUGGGACUUUUCUCCACCUUCCUUCUUGGAGACUUCUUCCCCCAAGCUGCCCAGCUGGAGACCUCCAAGAUCAAGACCACGUUGGGGCCAGUCCCCUCCUCCCCAACAGCGCAGUGAUGGAGAAGAGGAGGAGGAGGUGGCCAGCUUCAGUGGUCAGGUGCUUGCUGGAGAGCCUGACCACUCUGUGAGUGCCAGCUCAGACUUCCCCAUGCACUUGGCCUGCCCUGAGGAAGAAGAUAAGUCAGCAGCAGCAGAGGGGGCAGUGCCAGCACCUGGGGAUGAGAGCAUCUCCUCCCUGAGUGAGCUGGUACGGGCCAUGCAUCCAUACUGCCUGCCCAGCCUCACUCACCUGGCGUCCCUGGAGGAUGAGCUUCAGGAGCAGGCAGAUGAUGUGACGCUGCCUGAGGGUUGUGUGGUGCUGGAGAUUGUGGGGCAGGCAGCUGCAGCUGGAGACGACCUGGAGAUCCCCGUUGUGGUGCGGCAGAUUCCUGCUGGACCUCAGUCCGCAUUCCUGGAUGACUCGCUAGAAGCCAGCUCUGCCUUGCAGAUGCUCAUGCCCACAUUGGAGUCAGGGACAGAGGAUGAUGUGCCCAAGCUGGCCUCCUGCCCUGAGCAAGAGGAAUUGUCACUGAACUCACCUUGCUCAUUGGAGCCCAAGGAGGUCAUGGAGCCAGUGGCACCCAUGGGUUCUCAGAACCCAUCUGCUAAUGCCGUACUGGGCUCCCAGAGGGUUCCCAGAAAGGGCAGGAGGAAGAAGAGCAAGGAGCAGCCAGUGGCCUGUGCAGAAGGCUAUGUCAGGAGGCUGAGGUCAUCUUCUCGAGGGCAGUCUACAGUCACUACAGAGAUGACUUCUCAGACAGGCAAGUUACAGAAUCAGCCUCAGGAAGAACUUCAGAGAGAGGCUGGGCCUCCCCUGAGCAGAGGGAAGCCGCGGGCCUGGGUUCGGGCCUGGGCAGCUGCUUUGGAGAAGCCUGACUCUGGCAACUUGGAGAGAAGUGCAGGACAAGGUAGUCCUGCUAGAGAAGGUCCUCUAGAACUUUACCCCAAACUGACAGAUGCUAGUCAUGCCAAUCCUGUUCUCUCAUUGGUUGACUCUGCCCAAGCUGACUCAAUGCCAGUUGACUGUGCUGAAGCUGAUUCCACUGCAGAUGACUCCGCUGUAGUUGAAUCCACUGCAGUUGACCCUGCAGUAGUUCAUCCUGUACCUGUUGACCAGGCUUCAGCCAGUGCAGAGCUUGCUGGCCCUCUCCCAGCUGACCCAGUGCUGACUGGCCCAGCCCUGCCUGACUUGACAGCAGUUGAAUCUGCGGUGGUUGUUUCCACCCCAGGUAACUUAUCUCCAGUUGAUGCUAUCCCAGUUGACCCUGUUCCUAACAGCCUGGCUCAAAUUGAACCUGUGCCGGUUAAGUCCAGACCAACUGACCCUAGACGUGCAGCAUCAGCUCAGGGGAGUCCAACUUCCCCAGAGUUCUCAGAUCCCCCUAAGGCCAUCGUCCCUGAAGUCAAGGAGGUUGUAGGUCAUUUGAAGGUGCAAAGUGGUCCCAGUGCUACCACCCAGGAAGCCAGACCUCGGCCUCUCAGCCUAUCUGAGUACCGGCGACGGAGGCAGCAACGACAAACAGAAGCAGAACAGAGACAUUCCCAGCCUCCAGCUGGCAAGUGGCCCAGCCUUCCAGAGACCCCCACAGGCCUGGCAGAUAUCCCUUGUCUUGUCAUCCCACCAACCUCAACCAAGAAGACAGCUCCGCAGAGAAGCCCUGAAGCUGUCCCAGAGACUUGCUUUGUGUCUGUUGGUCCCAGCCCUGCUUCUACUCCUGAGCUAUCUGCAAGCAAACCUACAGCUUUAACUCCCUCCGAGCAUGUGCCAUCCCAUGAGAUGCCACUGCCAGCCAGACCUCUCCCUUCUACUAUACAGUCCAUGUCUCCUGCUGGCCCAAUUCCUCCUGCAGUACCUGCUCCUUUGCCUUUCCCUCCAAGUGGGCUAGGCAUGCCCCCCAUGAUGCCCUUUCCUCCAAGUGGGCAUGGAGUUCCCAGUCUGCCUCCACCUCCCUCGCAGGCUUGUGGUCUUCCAGUGGCUAUGAGACCAGUGCCACCUGAGCCCUAUGCUCACUAUGCCUCUAUGCCACCCUGGCCUUGUUAUCCUCCUGUAUCUCCUGGGUAUCCUUGCCUGCCUCCACCACCAACGGUGCCCCUGGUGUCUGGUACUCCUGGCACCUAUGCUGUGCCCUCCACUUGCAAUGUGCCUUGGGUACCCCCUUCUGCACCAGUCUCACCAUACAGCUCCAGCUGUGCCUAUGGACCCAUGGGAUGGGGCCCAGGGUUACAACACCCUCCAUUCUGGUCUGCUGUAUCCCCGCCUCCUUUGUCUCCAGCCUCUGUUGGGAGGGCUGCUUCCUCACCCAAGGUGGAGCCUAGUAGCAUUCCAGCUGGCUCUCCUGAAAAUGUACCAGCUGUGCCAGUGACUCCUCCUCUUAGUCUUGAACCUGCCAGCCACAAAACUACACACAUAGAGCCCACCAAACUGGAAGUAAAGCCAGUGCCUGCAUCUCCCCGUCUGAAACAAAAGGUGUCCUCUGUGGUGCCAAACCCCAAUGUUAAUGCCCCAGUGUGCCCGCCUGUUGAGAAUGUGGCUGAAGAAGCUACAUCAGAGAGGCUGAAGCCUGAGGCCCCGGAGAGUAGGCCUAAGGAGAAAGCCCCCUCUCCAGCCAUCAAAACUGUUCCUGCACCAAGGCAGAAUACUAUCCCGAAGCUGCCUGCUGUCCAUCCAGCCCGUCUAAGGAAGCUCUCCUUCCUGCCUACCCCACGUACUCAGGGUCCUGAGGCUGUGGUACAGGCGUUUAUCAGUGAGAUUGGAAUUGAAGCUUCAGACCUGUCAAGUCUGUUGGAGCAGUUUGAGAAAUCAGAAGCCAAAAAGGAGUGUCCUCUCCCGGCUCCUGCUGAUAAUGUGGCUGUAGGAAACUCAGGCAGCAUUGACACUCCCCAGGAGAAGAGACCCCUAGACCGGUUACAAGCCCCAGAACUGGCCAACGUGGCAGGGCUCACCCCUCCAGCUACCCCUCCCCACCAGUUAUGGAAGCCCCUGGCUGCUGUCUCCCUGCUGGCCAAAGCCAGAUCUCCCAAGUCCACCGCCCAGGAGGGAACCCUGAAGCCUGAAGGAGUUACAGAGGCCAAACAUCCAGCCACAGCCUGCCUCCGAGAAAGGGUCCAUGGCCCUAGUCCAGUUCAUGUGGGCUCUGGAGACCAUGACUACUGUGUCCGAAGCAGGACGCCCCCCAAAAAGAUGCCUGCCCUAGUCAUUCCUGAACUGGGCUCCCGAUGGAACGUCAAACGCCAUCAGGAUAUCACCAUCAAACCUGUCUUGUCCUUGGGCCCAGCUGCUCCCCUACUCCCAUGCACAACUGCCUCCCAGGAGCCACUUGAUCACAGGACUAGCAGUGAUCAGGCCGAUCCUUCAACGCCUUGUCUUGCCCCAUCUGCCUUGCUGUCUCCUGAGGCCUCACCCUGCCGGAAUGACACGAACACUAGGACUCCCCCUGAGCCCUCAGCCAAGCAGCGGUCAGUGCGCUGCUAUCGAAAAGCCUGCAGGUCAGUCAGCCCCACAAGCCGGGGCUGGCAGGGCCGCCGUGGCCGCAGCAGUCGAUCAGUCAGCUCUGGGUCCAUCCGGACCAGCGAAGCAUCUUCCUCUUCAUCCUCAUCGGCGUCUUCCUCAUCCCGGUCCAGGUCCAGGUCCCUCUCCCCUCCCCACAAGAGGUGGCGAAGGUCUAGUUGUAGUUCCUCUGGACGUUCUAGAAGAUGUUCUUCCUCCUCUUCAUCAUCUUCCUCCUCAUCUUCUUCAUCCUCCUCAUCCACUUCCCGAAGCCGUUCCAGAUCCCCGUCCCCUCGCCGGAGAAGUGACAGGAGACGGCGGUACAGCUCUUAUCGCUCACAUGACCACUACCAAAGGCAGAGAGUGCUGCAGAAGGAGCGUGCAAUAGAAGAGAGGAGAGUGGUCUUUAUUGGGAAGAUACCUAGUCACAUGACUCGGUCAGAGCUGAAGCAGAGGUUCUCUGUUUUUGGAGAGAUUGAGGAGUGUACCAUCCAUUUCCGUGUACAAGGUGACAACUAUGGAUUCGUCACUUACCGCUAUGCUGAGGAGGCAUUUGCAGCCAUUGAGAGUGGCCACAAGUUGAGGCAGGCAGAUGAGCAACCCUUUGAUCUCUGCUUUGGGGGCCGCAGGCAGUUCUGCAAGAGGAGUUAUUCUGAUCUUGAUUCCAACCGGGAAGACUUUGAUCCUGCUCCAGUAAAGAGCAAAUUCGAUUCUCUUGACUUUGACACGUUGUUGAAACAGGCCCAGAAGAACCUCCGUAGGUAACCUUGGGCACUUCCCCCAACCCAGCCAUUUUCUUUGGAGGUGCUCAACCUCCAUAACCCCCUCCCCCUGCCCCAGGGGGGAGAGCUGCUAGUGUGGAGAUGAUUUUUAUAAAGAAAUGGAAAAAAGUUAAAUAAAAAUGUGUUAAAUCUGG